AUGGCUCUUGUGAACCCUGCUGCUCCGGCAGCCUCGAGCGGCAGCGAGGAUUCUCUCACGCCUCAGACAUCCUCGGAAGGAGAGACAUUCUCGCGCGACCCGUCCGCCGAUGACUCUGAAAAACCUCCCCCCGAGGCGAAGCAGAGGAGCAAAUACCUUCAUGUCGCCGCGUACCAUUCCAUCGUGAGGCCAUCAUGUCUAAGUCGCGAGUCGAAUACUCCCCCCAGCUUCUUCGGCUUUCGCAACCUCAUGGUGAUUGUGCUCAUCGUCAUGAACCUGCGGUUAAUUAUUGAGAAUUUUAUGAAAUACGGAGUCCUGAUCUGCCUCCGCUGCCACGAUUAUCGAAAACAAGACCUUGUUCUUGGAGGAAUACUGUUUUUACUUGUUCCUUGCCAUUUAUAUAUUGCCUACCUGAUCGAGCUCGUUGCCGCCCAGCGUGUAAAGGGUGCAAUUGGCCGUGAGAAGAAAGCCGAGAAUACAAAAGAUACAAAUGCACAGGCACAGCUAUCUUUUCGGCUUGCUUGGUACUGCAUUGCUAUUGCGCACACGCUCAAUUCGAGCCUGUGCCUUUUUGUCACAUCAUAUGCUGUUUAUUUCUAUAUCAAUCACCCAGGCAUCGGGACCGUGUGUCAAAUGCAUGCCAUUGUCGUAUGGCUAAAAAACUGCUCAUACGCCUUUACAAACCGAGAUCUUCGUCAUGCGCUAUUGCAUACAUCGCCGGACAAUCAUCUUCCGAAAAUCUAUAACGCUCUUCCAUAUCCGCAAAACAUCAGCAUCGAAAACUUAACAUACUUUUGGCUAGCACCCACUUUAGUUUACCAGCCAGUAUAUCCCAGAACAAGUCAUAUUCGCUGGCACUUUGUCGCAAAACGGGUUGCAGAAUUCUGCGGGUUGGCUGUGUUCAUGUGGAUUAUCUCAGCCCAAUACGCUUCUCCGACGCUCAUCAAUGCUCUUCAAAAAAUCGCAGCCCGGGAUUGGACGUCAAUCGCCGAACGAGUUAUGAAACUAUCCACAAUAUCUCUGAUAAUCUGGCUUGCUGGUUUCUAUGCCAUGUUCCAGUCGUUCCUGAAUGCGUUGGCAGAGGUGCUGCAGUUCGGCGAUCGUCAGUUUUAUACGGAUUGGUGGAACAGCCCCAGUGUGGGUAGAUAUUGGCGAACGUGGAACAUUCCUGUGUAUCAUUUUAUGAAGCGCCACAUCUUCUCUCCCCUUGUUGGGCGAGGCUGGUCACCGUUUGCGGCCAGUGCGAUGGUCUUCACCUUCUCAGGGGUAUUGCAUGAAAUGGCCGUUGGUAUUCCUACACACAAUAUUAUCGGUGUCGCAUUCGGCGGUAUGUUGCUGCAGCUACCUCUGAUAGCCGUAACUGUGCCGCUGGAGAAAAUGAACAGCCCAAGUGGUAAGAUCUUGGGCAAUGCACUCUUCUGGUUGAGUUUCUGUUUGGUCGGUCAGCCGUUGGGAGCUUUGCUGUACUUUUUUGCCUGGCAAGGCAAGUAUGGUAGCAUCAGCAAGAUGGCUCCCAGGUAA